AUGCCUGCUCGCCUCGCGCACCACUCAGAGGCGCUUGCCUCUGAAGCGCGCUGGACUGAGGUCUUUGUGCUCGAAUACUUCGGCGGCCGCUGCGAGGAAUGCCGGCAAGAUGUCCCGUACGUCGGGGAGGAUCCGGGCUACCGCGGGGACAACCUGGUGUACUUGUGUCGGAGCCUCAGUCUUACGCCGCUUAGACACCAACAGGACCGGCCGGCUGAAGACUCAGGCCUCCGCUGCGCGGAGCGCAACAACUACACCAUCACCUUUGCGGAGCCGGAGCCGUGGCAAUCUCAGGUCAUGAAGUCAAACAUCAGGAACUUCAGUCGCAGCUCUUUCAAGACGUCUAUUCAAUCUGUGAAACAAAGCAGUCAAAUGCGAUUGCCGCGCGGCCGGAGGUCGGACACAGAGACGGAGUCGGAGUUCUCUAUACUCCGGAUCCACGGAGGCGGUUUGCCAGGCGAGGAAAGGGAGGGGAAAAAAAAACCAAGAAGCCGAUACGUCCGACGGGCGCAUGGCAGUUAUGCCGUACUGCCUCGACAGGCCUACGAAGCGGACCUCCGAAUGCUGCCGCAGGACGGUUACACGGACCCGCUGACUCUGGAGAACUGGUGGCACAAGGGUGUCACCUGGGGGUCGUUGACGCCGGAGACUCAAGGCAAUCGGCGACAAAAAAAGAAAUUGGGGCAACGUUCGGGAAGGCCCGUCUACGUUCCGUGGAAAGAGCGGCGACGGCCGAAGCAGCCGGCGAUCCGCGUCAAGAAGGUCACCAUGGACCUCGGGGGUGUUGGCCUCAUUGUCUUGCAAGAGGUCUACAUCCCCAGCCGGAACGCCAAGGAUCCGGCUCCGCCGAAGGUUUCAGGCGUUGCGCCCGGACAGACCAUGGAGGUCACGCUGCCGGGCAAGCACAACUCGGGGCCCAACAUGCAGCAGGUCAUGACAGGUCUGGUGCCUGGCUGUGCUGCCAACAACGACGCGCCCUUCCUCUAUCUGGACAGGCCAUUUGCCAUCGACUGCUGCUGCCUCAAUCGCCCCAAAGUGGAUGUCUUCGAUGUUCGCGGCACUGCCACGGUGAAGCUGGGGAUCAUUUCGGACCCCUUUGCAUGGAUGGAUAUGACCUUUGGCAUUCACAUCGGACCCAAUGCCCAAGAAUCUGACCCUCCCGCGCUCAUCGCCCGUGGGGCGGCAUGUCAACCGGGUGCCGUCUGUAAGUUGUGCGGCGUGUGCUGUGGACGCACCUGUAGAGAAGCCUAUUUGGAGGUAGUCGAUCCCAAUGACAAAGACCGCACAGUGGCGUUCAUCACCAAGGGCUGGGCUGGAGGGGCCCAGGAGAUCUUCACCUCGGCGAACUCCUUUUACGUGGACUUUGGUGAAGUCAAGGAUCCAGCUUGCAAAGCCUUGCUGCUGGCUACAGCCCUCUUCCUGAACUACCGUUUCUUCGAGGGAAGAGCCGGUUCCACCCAAUCCAGCUCCAAUUGA